CAGAGUGGUGAGCUGGUCGACCUGCUGCUGGAGACGGUGGUUCUCUGCGGGGUCCAUUCUACUAUGGCGAAGUAUUCUGUGAUGCUCAGAGAGAAUGAAUGAAGCAGACCUCGAAAUGCAGUGGCCAGCAGGUUUAUGGAGGACACCGAGGGUAAACAAAGUUGUAAGGGCAAUCCAAAAGAAUCGUCGAAAGGCAAGCAGUAGUCGUUCACCGGUGAGAUCAAUCCUACACGAUGACACGAGACAGGACGAUGACAGGAUCGGAGAGACAGGAUCGACAGGACAGCAGGGCAGGACGGAGUGGGCAGGAAGGGCAGGCAGCACAGCAGGGCAGGACACAGCAGGCAGGAUGAGUAGGGAAGACAAAAGACAGAUUAAUUGCUCGGAGUUGAUGGCCAGAAGAGCUCUGAUAGCAGCGCAGGAUGAGUACAGCUACUCCCUUGAAGUGGAUAGAGCCAGGGAAAUUAGAAGAAGACAAGUUUUUGAGCUGGAGGGAAGACGCAGAGUGGACAGAAGAAAUUACAUAAAUGCAGUGCCUGAGAUAACAGAUGGGUUCAUAAUCCAGCUGAAGUACUCAGAUGGAAGGAUUCAAAAGAGGAGCUUUUCAUCAUCACAGCCUUUUCAGGAUUUGGUGGCCUUUGUAGGUAUGGAUGAGAUGGCUAGUGAAAUAUUUUCAUUACAGCCAGCCAUGUCAUCAAAUCUAUUACUUAGCACCUUGUCAGGUACUAUUUUGAACCAAGGUAUCAGCAGUCCACAAACCCUGUUUGUGCUUUGGAUGUCUGGUGAUGAAGUACUGGUAUGUACAGUUCCUCUUUAAUAUCCUCUGAAUUUAUAUCUUUCGGAAAAUGAAGUGUGUUAUAAUUUUCUUUUUUAACAGCAAAUGUUGACGGAGCAAGAGAAAACUACCUCUGAAUAAUUUUAUUCGUCCAGUCUAACCUCCUUUACUCCAAAUUUGCCUUCUACUGUGGCCAUUACAGAUGAUAGAACGUCUCCACCAUCUGCUUCUUCUCAUGAUAUUCCUUCUGUCCCUCAAAUUUCAUAUGAACAGAGCAUUAAUUCCACAGCCCACAUCACAAUUCCCAUAUCUUUUAGUCUGUCCUCUCCCUCCCCUACUCGGAGUAAUUCUCCCCACCCUGACAGUCUGUCCUCAUCUACUUUACAUCAUUGCAACCAAAUUAGUUUGCCCUUAUUGGGACCUCCUGCUCUUACACUUGCAGCAGAAGGAUGUUCUACAAUGGAAAGUCCAUCCACAUCAGAAGAGUAAGCCAUGAAUUUAUUUCAUUAAUGUAUGCCCAGCGUACUCACAUAUUUUAAGCCUUAAUUCAUUGUAUAUUGGAGUGGAGUUUAACAUAACACAUACAGCUACAAAAAGAAUUUCUUUGUAAUGUGUGCCACACUUACAUUUUUUCUCAACUUUUUAACACGCUUGAUGUGUCAGUCCUACUGAGAAAUCUACACUCUCAAAUAGAUAUGGGAAAUUGCCCGACACACAAUUUGAUAAAUGUGUGUCGUGAUGAUAUAAUGGCAUGUGCUGUGAGAGCUUUGGAACGCCCUCUGUUCAAUCCACUGAAGAAGAUUGACAUCAUGUUUGUGGAUGACUGGGAAAUGUCUGAGGGUGCUGUUGAUGAUGGAGGACCAACCAGGGAGUUCUGUAGGCUAUUAAUGCAUGCCAUAAAAGACUGGAUCUUUGAGGGGCCUGAAGAGGAGAAAACCUUUCCUUGGAUUCAAGUGGUAAGAGGAACAAAUACAGUCAUUUUGUAAAUGAAAUCACAUUGCAGUUUCACCAUCUGUAACAUGGUCAUUGUGAAAGGGUUCAAUAAUCAGUGUUGGGGAGAAAAGGAAUACAUGUAACGGGGUUACCUAUUUAGAAUACAAAAUACGAGUAACUGUAUUCCGAUACAGUUACAAUUUAAAUAGAUGGUAAUUAGAAUACAGUUACAUUGUUACCCAGAUACUUGUUCAGUCUUUUGUCAUCUCCCGCUUUGACUACUGCAACUCGCUUCUAAGCGAGUUUGCCACUGAGUGCCAUUCGUCCUCUCCAACUGAUUUAGAAUGCAGCUGCUUGACUUGUUUUGAACCUUCUC